AUGUCUUGCUCCGCUAAAGAAUGUAUCUGUGCUAAGAACUCCACUUGUUCUUGUGGUGAACAACCAGCUUUAAAGUGUAACUGUGAGAAAGCUUCAGUUGAAAACGUUACUCCCGAAGCAGGAAAUGCUUGUGCUUGCGGCAAAAGAUCGAAGAAUGGUUGUACAUGUGGUGCUAGUGGACAUUGUGAAGUUAGUAGAGAAGGAGAAAUCGACUUUACCAAUGUUAAAUAA